AUGAGUUUUGCAAUGGCGGCGUCUUCUUCAGCUCUUGAUGCCGAGAACGUGAGAUCGAAGGCAGAGGCGAGACGCAGAAAGAUACUGGCGAACGCAGAAAAACGUAUGCGGUUUGUCACCGGCCGAUCUACGACAUUAGAAACAGAAAACGGGAAGAAAGAAGAAACUGGAAAGGAAAGUUCUGUUUACCAAUUGGAUAGUAGAACACAGAAGGAGAUAGUAAAAACACUAACCGUCGAGCAUACUAUCCGAGAAGACAAAGAGGCAGAAUUGGAGAGAAAAUUUCAAGAUCUUGACGCACGUUCUAGUGAUACACUCACUCCAUCUGACUUUGCCACACAGAGUGACCACAGAGAAUCUCAUGACUCUGCUGUUGAGGCGUCUGAUGAAAAACAAACAAAAUCAUCGGAUGCCUAUCUUCUCUCGCCCUUGCUGCGUGCUGUGACGGUCUUUCUCGUCGGCUUGUCAUAUCACUUGGCUCAAGAGCAUCCCGAUAUGCUACGAGCCAUGUGGAUCAGUCCUUCAUGGCUUGGUCACAGUAUUCUCUUUGGACUCCUGUCUGUAUACAUUCCUACUAUUAUUUUGCUUUCUACAAGAUUUGGAAGAUGUAUUGGAGUCAGAGUUAGCAAGAAGAUUGACAUAGCUGCAUCUAUAGUUGUAUAUUUGAGUUCGUUUAUUGGAAUUCCGGUUAGUGUAGGCAGAUGGUUGAUGUGGAUUUGUCUGGUUGCAUAUGACGGCUUUGUAGAUCUGGCAGUUACACUGAUGUUUUUCUUUCUGUUAUUCAUGAAUGACAAUUGAAAACAAG